UUGGCGUCGUUUUUUCUAUACGUUGCGAGGAUAUAACUCGUCACAAAAAAGAGAUGAUGAAGCCACCUAGUGUGAGCAAGGUUCUCCACAAGGGGGGAUCUUUUUCAACCGGCCGCACGCCCGCAACUUCCUCGGGGACCAGCGGUACUAGCCGAAGAAGUGGAUCGGCGAUGAACCAGAGCGACUUGAAAGAGCUGUGGGGCUUUCUCAAGUCACUGAAACCGACGGUGCGACGCGGGACCUACGUUUUCGCAACGCUUCCACUAGAGGAAUUGGAGAAGAUUCCCCGAGCGGUAUGAUAAGUAGUGGGUGGUUGAUGUUUUCACCAGUAUUCGUAGAUGGUAAAGAGAUGCGCGAGUGAAGAUUUUUCAGCGCCUUGUGAGGUGGUGGACGAAGACGUGGAUGAUCAUGUUGAUCGAGGAUUGCGAUACAAUUUUACUUAUUUCAAUUUCAAUCAUGUGUCGUAGUCAGAAAUGACUCUGACUGUAAGCUAAACAAGCUCUAUGUGGCCUCCACAGGACACGGUUUGCGAGUUCAAGGAGACGGUGGACAGACAGGCGGUCGCAGUGGUAUUCGAGAAGGAUAAAGCGGAAAAACACGCUGCGAUUUUGCAGCAAAACCAAAACCGCGCAGCUGGUACAAAAUCAGCGACAAGUAUCGGCACAACAGGAAAUGUAAACGAAAAGAGUGGUGCGACUACAGUAGCUGAAGAAGGAAUACUACCAUCAGCAGAAGUGGAAGAACCAACUGCAAUUCCCAAGCCAAAAACUCUGCUCUCCCCACUAGAAGCGUGUUGGAUUCAGCUGGAGGCCACCUACUCCGCUGCAGAGUCCAUCGGGUUGACGGCGGUGUUCUCUCGCGCACUGGCGCAAGCGAUAUCCCGUGCAAAAGUAGCGCACGAGGACUCUAGCGAAUUGCAUUUGCAUAGCUGUAACUACGUUUUUUCCGAUUUUCUUUUGCAGCAAGCAUCACGACACCCAACUGGUCCUGGGUCGGAUUUGUAUACAACUAGUGCAAUGUAGUAAAAAAACAAGAUAAGACAGAGACUUUGGUGCGAUACUUUUCUUUGCCGUGCAUAAAGGAAUAUCAGCUGUAAUAUCAUUUCUGGCUUUUACCACGACCACUUGUUUAUCGCAAAGCAGGACGAAGUAUGCAUUGCAAAAAUGUCUGGGUCUGGGAGAUUGCAAGACUUGUCAUGCUAGUCUGGCAUGACUCUGAACUCUGUGUUGCACGGCCGCGAAGAGCUCCUCCUCCCUGCUGUCAUGCAAAAACGCAGUUUGUCAUGCGGAGCGGGCAACUCAGAACCAAGAAAAAAACUUGUCAUGCUUGGCAGCGCAUCAUGGCGAGUUCACUAUUCCCUUUCUUGCAUCACAAGUUUCCAGACCCAGACAUAUUUACAAUCCAUACGAAGAAAAGGCGGUGGUGUUGUUGGAGGCCAUGAGCUAUCCUGUGCAAAAGUAUCGUACUCGUAUAAAUGCAAGUCUUGCAUCACAAAUUUUUUUCUGAAGGCAAAUCAGCAUUACAAAUUUUAUUUUUCAUGCUGAGGAAAUUUGUAUGCCGCCCUGGUGGUCCUUAAUUUGUAAGCCAGGUGGAGGCGCCGCCCUGGUUGCUGGUUUGGGAGGACGCAGCUCUCGUGUGCCGGAGCACCUGUAUGCCGCUGGGGGACGCAGCAGCUUUUUGCUGUUGAAUCGGUCCGGAUUAGCGCAGCAGGGGCCUUGCUUGUGGCCCCUCACCUGUGUUUCGUCCCUGCAUGCAUAAGGACCUCCAGGGCUGUGCAUCAUGUUCGACCUAUGUAGACGCUUGCUGCGUGUCUACGCCUCCGCGCAGCAUGGGCCCGGUCCCAUGUUGCACGUGGUGCCUGCCUCUUCGCGCGCCAGCCCCGUUUGCUUCUACCGCUACCGCUCUUACGAAAGGCCUUCAGAAUUUAUUGCCAUACAUAUUUACAAGCGCUUAAGUAUAAGUAGCCAUACUAAGUUUUGCAAUUUAAGUAAGUGUCUUCUCAGUAGAAGUUUACACUACUUAGUCGCGAUUUAUUGGCUUUAGUAGGCCUCUGAAUGGCAAAGGGACGAACUGCCCGUAGACCUCCGAUGUGAUGCGGUAUUCGCCCUUGUUGUGGUGGCAGCAAGUACUAGGCGAUGCCAAACCUUCCCUCUUUUUUUCUUUUUUCCAAACGAUAUCAGGCAUACUUACCGUGGUCCUUACAGACACGGGAGGUAGCGUGUGUGUAGUGUUUUUUCCUUUCCAGGGCUCUACGUGAAGAAGAAAGAUUCCAUAUAUUCGGUUCGUAUCUCGUGUGCCCACAUCGUCGAACUACGUCGAAUUGCGUGGAACUUCGUCAGUUUUGUAGCGGUAGUUGCACGCCUGCGCCCCUGCCGCCUUUCGCGCUCGGGUUUUUGUUUUCGAUAGGUUUGUUUAUGAUGCUUGCGUACGAGAGCUCCCAAGCCAGGUGGAGGCGCCGCCCUGGUUGCUGGUUUGGGAGGACGCAGCUCUCGUGUGCCGGAGCACCUGUAUGCCGCUGGGGGACGCAGCAGCUUUUUGCUGUUGAAUCGGUCCGGAUUAGCGCAGCAGGGGCCUUGCUUGUGGCCCCUCACCUGUGUUUCGUCCCUGCAUGCAUAAGGACCUCCAGGGCUGUGCAUCAUGUUCGACCUAUGUAGACGCUUGCUGCGUGUCUACGCCUCCGCGCAGCAUGGGCCCGGUCCCAUGUUGCACGUGGUGCCUGCCUCUUCGCGCGCCAGCCCCGUUUGCUUCUACCGCUACCGCUCUUACGAAAGGCCUUCAGAAUUUAUUGCCAUACAUAUUUACAAGCGCUUAAGUAUAAGUAGCCAUACUAAGUUUUGCAAUUUAAGUAAGUGUCUUCUCAGUAGAAGUUUACACUACUUAGUCGCGAUUUAUUGGUUUUAGUAGGCCUCUGAAUGGCAAAGGGACGAACUGCCCGUAGACCUCCGAUGUAAUGCAUUUAUACGAGUACGAAUGCGAUACUUUUGCAGUUCAUAUGUGCCGGUUUGCCAAUCACCAGCAGUUUGAGGUUCUUUCGGCUUCUGGUCCUGACACCGAGGACAAUGUUCUUGCCGAGAGCGGCCGAGAUCAUGAAGCUUCUCUGGAAAUGGAAAAAAGCGCCGAGGGACGGGAAGACAAGGUAGUGAAAAAUGCCGUCUCCUCCUCGACGUCCUCGAGUGACAAUAUCAAUAUCAAGACGAUGAAGGAUUCCCUCGAUGUGAUCGUCGAACAGGAGGAGACAAAUCUCCUGCACAGAGGUACCGGCAGCAGGAAAAGCAGUCGUGGCCGCGUCGUGACGCCAACGCCAGACGGUAGUUGUGUACCGUCCUCACGGUCUAGUCUAUUGAAGAAUGAAAAUGGUAAGCUGAGCGGUACUAGUAAUUCUCGUCACACCGGUAAUAUCAACACGCCGGCGGGCGGCACGGCCGUGCCGCGGAGUACCCGGAGGAGGUCGAGUACUGGGAGGAUAGCCGGAACUACAGGACCACAUCUAGGGGCUCCUGCACCUGCAUCAACUCCGGCUGGAGGCGUUGCAUAGGAAGCAGGCGCACCCGGCACCAUCGUAGUUGGGGCGUGGAACAAGUGAAGAAAAAGAUGAACGACUGAAACAAACGAACAGCAGGUCGACGUCGACGUCGAGCUGCAACCAAUCUGAUGAACAAAAACGUAUUACGUCGUAGGAUAGGUGAAAACUAUCUGAGGAUUUUUACAAUUUUGGUGCAGUAGUUUCGCUGAAAU